AUGGAUUCAGGGAAUCUCACGUGGGUAUCAGAAUUUGUCUUCCUGGGUCUCUCGCAGACUCGAGAGCUUCAGCAAUUUCUGUUUUUAGUCUUCCUGUUUGUCUAUAUCACAACUGUGGUGGGAAAUCUCCUCAUUGUGGUCACAGUGACUUCUGACUCCCGGCUCCACACACCCAUGUACUUUCUGCUUCGAAACCUGGCUAUCUUAGACCUGAGUUUCUCUUCAGUCACUGCCCCAAAGAUGCUGGUUGACUUACUUUCUGAGAACAAGACCAUCUCCUACCAGGGCUGCCUAGCCCAGAUCUUCUUCUUCCACUUUCUGGGAGGUGCCAUGAUCUUCUUCCUCUCAGUGAUGGCCUAUGACCGCCUUGUUGCCAUCUCCCGGCCCCUCCACUAUGUCACCAUCAUGAACCCUCAGCUCUGUGUGGGGCUAGUGGUGGCUGCCUGGAUUGGAGGUUUCCUUCAUUCCAUUUCCCAAGUGGUUCUGAUGCUCCCACUCCCUUUCUGUGGCCCCAACGUGCUGGAUAACUUCUACUGUGAUGUUCCUCAAGUACUGAGACUAGCCUGCACUGACACUUCUAUCUUGGAGUUCCUCAUGAUCUCCAACAGUGGGGUACUGGAUGCCAUCUGGUUCUUUCUCCUUCUGCUCUCCUACUCAAUCAUUCUGAUAAUGUUGAGGUCCCACUCCGGGGAGGCAAGAAAGAAGGUAGCGUCCACCUGUACCACUCACAUCAUAGUAGUGUCUAUGAUCUUCAUUCCAAGUAUCUACCUGUAUGCACGCCCAUUCACCCCAUUCUCCAUGGACAAGGCUGUGUCCAUCAGCCAUACAGUCAUGACGCCCAUGCUCAACCCCAUGAUCUACACCCUGAGGAACCAGGAGAUGCAGGCAGCAGUGAAGAGAUUAGGGAAGCGCUGGUUGGUUUGUAAAAAGGAGUGA